AUGAUAGAAAAUGAAAAUACAUCAUUACUAUCAACAUCAUCAUCCUCAACCUCUUCAUCACCAAAUAAUGCCAAUUCACCAUCUUCAUUAAAUAUUGGUAUCAGUAAUAGUGAAAAUGGUACACCAAGAAAAGAUAAUACAAGUGGGAAUAAUUCACCAUCAGCACAAAUCACAAAAUAUAAUGGUAUAGACAUUAGUAACAAUUCAAGUAGAAAUUCAAGUAGGCCCAAUAGUAGGUCAGGAUAUAGAGGAGAUAGUAGUAGUAAUAAUAAUAAUAAUAAUAAUAAUAAUAAUAAUAAUAAUAAUAAUAAUAAUAAUAUAAAUAAACAUAAUAGUAUAGUGUAUAAUAAAUCAAAUAAUAAACUUAAUAGUAUUGGAGGUAGUAAUAAUGAUUUACAAGGUGGUGGUGGUGGUAAUGGUAAUGGUAAUGGUAAUGGUAGUAGUAAAUAUAAGAUAGGAAUUAAUAAUAAAGAUGUUGAAGAAAAGAUAGAAAUAAAGAAACAAAAGAAAAUGAAUAGAACAAAUAAUCAAAAGUUUUGGAGAAUUGUAGGCUCGAUAUUACAAAUCAUUGGUUUAUCAUCAAUUGUAUUUACGAUAUUCAUUGGCCUAUAUAUUGAUGGAUAUAUUGAUUGGAGUUAUUGGAUAUUAUUUAUACCGGUUUAUGUUAUAUUGGCAGCAAGUUAUUUGGCGACAGGAUCAAGGGUACUCUCGAAUUUAGUAUCGUGGAUUAUCAGAUUGGUUUGGCGUCUUAGUGUUUUUGGGUUGACAGUGUUUGUGGUAUUCACAAUUAUACAUUUCAAAUACAAUACCUUUGGAUUCAGUGUUAUGAUGAUACCGUUACUCUUUACAUUUGGCUCAGUAUUUGUAAUGGGUAUCUUCUCACUACUGUUUGGUAUUAUAUUUGUCGAUGGUAAAUCGACACCACAACGUAAAACCAAAUACAUCGUCAACGGGCUACCACUAUUGUUUACUGGCGCAAUACUAACGCCUGCAGCAAUUAUGAUAGCACUUAAAUUGGAUGGUCUUUACGAUGCAAAGUUGGCCGUUUGUUUUGUGUCCCUUUUCAUUGGUGAUAUUAUCGCUUCUUGCUUCUCUUUCUUUUUAUUGAUUUUUUCAUUGGGUUCAAAAGAUACUGCAACUUUCUCAAUCGGUCAACUGCUUUCAAUCAUUUUCAUCACAAUUUGUUCAAUAGUUUUCAAAGUACUCUUAAUUCUUGCCACUGAUCAACAACAUAAUAUCAAUAGUCUCUUCCUUUUAAUUCCACUAUUAGUCGCAGAAGCAUUUAUGGUAUUUUGUGGUAUUAACCUUUUCUUACGUCCUCCACGUGUAAUCGUUGACAAUAGUGAAGAAUUGGCAAAAUCAAAUAUGAUUAAUAAUCAAGAUUCAAGUGAAAGUGAAUCUGAUGAUGAAACUGAAGUAUCUUUUAAAGAUAGAGAAGAUGAAGAAUCUGAAAAAUUAAUUUCAAAUCUUUAA